AUUAGAUGGUGCGAAAAGCUUCAUUUACUGUUUACUUUAGUUCAGUGACGAAUCUGAUUCAAUAAUUCAAUUUGGAGCAAUAUAGACUUAAUUGUUGUGCAAAGUGUUAAUAACAUAUAGCAAAAAGAAUAAUAAUUUCCAAUAGGCAGUAUCAAUCAAUCAAGAUACAUCAUCAGUUUAUUCACAGAACGGAAAGUUCUCCGAAAAGAACGAAACAUUUUGUACACACAAUGUCCAACGACAGUAACAAUCGAAGUUCGUUAGAUUCUUUCAGCUCCUCACGGUCUCCAAUGGAGCGUAAAAAUUGCCUGAAACGCGUCUUGCGGCAGACGUUAAGUUUACAACUGGAGAAUGAUUGUACAAUAAAUAAGCUUGAUGAGGCUGUAAAUGAAGCUGAUAAUGUCACCAAUGAGACGAGUUUACAAGAAAAAAUUUCCAAUCAGCAAGAAGUGCUCAUUGACUCGCAAAUGAUGACAACAUCCGCUAAAGUUCUGAAGACUUGUACUGGCACGUUGACAAAGAAAAUGCGCGACUACAACUAUGCUGAUUUCACGCAAAGGCUGGUGAGACACUUGGGAGAAGGGUCAGAGGAAUCGUCACAGCCAAAUCCGAAUUGGUCACUCUUAGAAACGCGAGUAAUGAAAAUGUUCCGAAAGAUUGCCAAUUACGACACAAUACUAGGUUUGUUCGUACUUAGAACUGAUCAGAAUUAUUCUUUUCUUACAAUGUUUUCGCAAAAGUGUGUUUCCAGCGAACCACAUUUUAAAUCUGUCUUCAAGAUUUCUCUCUGGCUGUAUGAAUUUAUUUUUAUUUCAGGCACAUUGGAGCCUUUAGAGAAAAAGGUAAUAGUUCGAAAGAAGCCCGAGCCGCGGCUGGCAAAACAAGCACCGAUGGUAGUGCCGGAUAAAGUAGUGCCGCAAGCGAAAGCCAAGGACGAGGAUAGCGUGGAACGAACCGUGAGGAAGAUCAGAAAGUUAAUCGCAUCUCGUUGCAAGGAAACGCGCCAGCCGCUCGAUUUCUUCCGAUUGAUUCUGCAUCCGCAAGACUUUGGGAGGACAGUCAGAAAUUUGCUGUACAUAUCUUUCCUAGUGAAAGAUGGCGUAGUGAAAUUAAAAAAAGGUGUUUACACUACUAAAUUGCUGAGACAAUUUUUCUCAUCGGAGAAUCUUUUCUCUCACAUUCCGUUCUUACUUCUAGCGACACUCAUGAUGAUCACUUUUAUUUCAGAUAAUAAUGGAGAUCUUGUCGUGCAACCGUGUCGCAGGGAGAAUUCGCAAAGGAGCUCGCCUGACGAAGAACGAGAUAGAACGAGCAUUCAGAACGUCAUCUCUUUAAACAUAAAACAGUGGACGAUAUUGAAAGAGGCAUACAGAUUGGAAGAACCGAUGAUCGAUUUUGACGAAGAGAAAUAACGAUGCGUCGACCGGUGCGUUUCCUUGGCGGUCCAGGAAAUCCUCUUUCGUGAUGUUCAUAAUUUAUAUCUAGGUAUAUUGUUGCGUAAAAAAAUGUUUGCGAUAUUAAGUAUUUUUUUACAAUUUCCAGUAAAGACUUACUGAAGAAGAAUCAUUAUGAUCUACGUUUCUGUAAAACUUUAUUAAUGUGUCUAAACAUAUACACUGUGACUCUGUGGUAUAUGAUUAGCAAUAACACAAUUACCGAUUAGAUUCAAUUAGACCAUUCUAGAUCUGAUGGAAAAAGGUCUAGCGGUAACGCAUGCUAACGUGACACAUCGUGACUGGAUGCAUCUGUGCCUUUCUGAUUUCCUCGCAGUUGUCAAUAAAUUUUUUUCGU